UAUAAAUAUGGCAAAUUUGCUUAUUGCUUUGACACAACAUCUAAAAGUAUUAGAGAAAGAAUAUCCAGUUGGUGUUCCAACCUUCUACUAAUUGAUGUCAAGUUUAACAUUUGCUUUGCAUACAUUUAGUAUCAAAUUUUUUGAAGGAAUUCCUGCUAGUUAAAUAAUAGUUUGGAGAUCUGUAUUAACUCUAAUUAUACUUUAAAUAUUGAUUUAAAUGUUCCCUUGUUAAUCAUAUCCUUAAAGUAGAGGAACACUAAUAAAAUUGAUAGGAAGAGGACUUUUUGGGGGAAUUGGAUUUAUUUCAUUCUUUCUUGCAUUAAAAUUAACAACAGUUUCUGAAGCAGUAGUUUUGAUGAAAACAAAUCCCUUAUGGACAACUUUAUUAGUAGUCUACAUAUAUAAAACAGAGAAGAUGACAAUAAAAUCAAUGAUAGAAAUAUUAUUAUGUCUAAUAGGUGUAAUAUUAAUAGCAAAACCACCUAUAAUAAUGUAAAUGAUUGGUUAUGAAAUUAUUGAAUUAGAAUUUACUUACUUAUAUUUUAUAGGUUUGUGUCUAUCAUUAUUAACUGCUUUAACUACUUCAAUAACAUAAGUACUUAUAAGUUCACUUUCAAAAGAAGCACAUUAAUUAGUUAUAUUAUAAUACUUUUCUUUAUUUGGAAUUACUAUGGCUUCAAUAUAUUAAUUUUAUUCUCCUUUUGAAUAAUUUCAUAAUUUAAAUGUAAAUGAAAUGUGUCUAAUGAUUAUAAGUGGAUUUUUGGGUUGUUUGGCAUAAUUAUUUAUGAAUAGAUCAAUGAUGAUUGGAGAUGUUACACAAAUGUCAUUAGUUGGAUAGUCUUAAAUUGUAUUUAAUAUUUUACUAGAUGUCAUUAUUAUGAAACAUAACCUUGGAAUCAUGAGUUCUAUUGGAAUAUUUAUGAUAGCUAUAAGUCUGGUCUCCAAUAUUAAAAAAAAAAAUAGAAAAUGA